AUGCGUGAGCCAUUCGGUCCCAUUGAGAUUCAAUACGUUUCGCCGCGUCACUCAUGCGGUGCUCCCCCCCAACAAUUGGGAUCCGAGGAGAUCGUGCCGUGGAUAUUUGCGGUGGCGGAACUCGGUACUGGCACGAGGCUCGGUCCACAGAGUGGGAGCGCUAUAGUCCCAAGGAUAAGGAGGCAAAUCACCUACGACAUGCGGCUGGGAUCCAUCCGCAAGCAUCUUAUGAUAUCGAAGCUAAUCGUGUCCAUGCAGAAACAGCGAGCCGGCCAGCUGAAGGGUAGUACACGAGGCGUCAUGGUGACGGAUAAGAGCAGCAUCAUAUAUAUAGCGACAUUGUUCGAGGGUGGAAGCAGUCUACUUGAUGGGUGCUUUCUGGUUGUCCGCAAGGUGCUCCGCGCCAUGACCAGCCAGGAACCGAUCGAGUUGAUUACCCCAAGAAGUCAGAGAAGGCCAACUCGCGGCUCUAUCGUCAUUCUCACCUCGCUCGCUGCGGAAGGGGCAUUUUUAGGUGUGGGAAAUUACGUGGCCGCUAAGCACGCGGUGAAAGGAUUAGUUCAAACGGCCGGUAAGCUCCCUCCAUCUAUCAUUUCCAGGCAACGGGAUCCGAAUCAACACCGUGGCGGACCAAUGAUGGAGCAGUUCUUGGACCAGGCGCCCGCCGUCAAGGCGGCGAUGCUGGGGGACUUGCCCAUGCGACGGCUGGCGGGUCCGGAGGAGGUAGCGGACGCGGUGUGGUUCCUGGCGUCGCCGGCGGCGAGCUACGUCAAUGGCCAUACUUUGGUGGUGGAUGGGGGGUCGUCGUUGCAGCUGUCGAAUCAGCCGUUUGCGUGA